GCCGUCCCAGCGCCGCGUGGGAGGCGCCCAGCCGCCCGCAUGGCCGCCGCGCCGGAGCCCGAGGAAGCCGGGAGGGGGAAGACCUUCAGGCUCCUAGGAAUUUUAGAUGUUGAGAACAUUCCCUGUGCUCGGGAGUCAAUACUGUAUGGUUCAUUAGGAUCUGUUGUGGCUGGACUUGGGCAUUUUUUGUUCACCAGUAGAGUUAGAAGAUCAUGUGAUGUUGGAGUAGGAGGAUUUAUCUUGGUCACUUUAGGAUGCUGGUUCCAUUGUAGGUAUAACUAUGCAAAGCAAAGGAUCCAGGAGAGAACUGCUCGAGAAGGAAUUAAGAACAAGAUUUUAUAUGAAAGCACCCACCUGGACCCUGAAAAGAAACAAUCCAACAGCACAACUAAGCAACCCUGAGCACAGGCCAAGUUUCAAAACAAUGUAUGUACAGUAAGGAAGCGCUCAACGCAGUGUUUGAUGCAGCCUGCCUUCUUCAUAUUCAAACCCAGCAAUUCAUUCUGAUCUCCCACUAACAGUACACUAUGCCCGUGAUAUGUAUGUUGGAACUGUCAUGCCAGAAGAGAAGUUAAAGUUACGUCUAUGUCAAGAAAUAAAAUCAGGAGAUUCAUUACCUUC